AUGCAAUAAUUUUACAUCAGAAGGAAGUAUUAAUUUAAUUCUAUAUAGAUUGUGCACCAUUAGAAUAUAUUAAUAAAAAAUUAAGCCAAGGAUAUUUAGGUUUUUUUAUCUCUGAUUCAGUUUUAAAUCAAUAGAAAGCCAAUAAUCCAUUUUCUUUAGUCUCUAAAUUGAUAACAACAACUAUUUCUUCAUAUUAAUACAAAUCUAUGACAUUGUGGAUGAGAAAAUCAAAACUUUAUGAUAAGGAAAACUUUUUCUAUUAUUUUGAGAAUAACGCUGAAUAUAGUGCUUUAUUGUUUGAUAGAUAAUCUGAAUAGGCAUUCAAUAUUUAGUAAAAUUCACUGAUUGAUAUAACUUUAUAUUUAGAUGACAGAGAAGCAUUAUAUUAUAGAACCUACAAUAAUAUUUUGGAUAUCUUAGGGUAAAUGGGAGGUUUAUUAGAAUUAAUGUUAUUUUUGGCAGGAACUAUUGUUAAGCCUUUCAACAAACUAUCAUGUGAUUUAUUUUUAGCAUCAGAAAUUUUUUAUUUUGAAAAAUCAAAUAGUUAGUAAAAAAUACAUCCUUAAGUUCAAGUAUUAGGAUAAGUUGAAGGACUUGUUAAUUAAAGUUAAUUUGCACAACUAAAAAAGUUCUUUAAAUUAAAAGCAUAAUAAAUUAAAUUAUUUGUUCAUUAAUAUUUAUUCACUUGUGGUAAAGAUAGACAAUUAAUUUAAUAAAGCAUUGUAUCUAUUUACGAUUAAAUUGAUAUAAUCUAUAUUAUUAAUAAAUUAAUAGAAAUAGAUAAGUUGAAGAAAAUAUUAUUAAAUGAUGAUUAACAAAUAUUGUUUAAUUAUAUCCAUAAACCUAAAAUUUAAUUAGGAAUCAGAGAAAAAAUGAAAGCAAGCAUCAAUUAAAAUUAUUAUGAUACUAGUAAGCUUUCUUUUGAAGAAGAAAUACUAUAAGCAUUCAAUUCCUACAAUAUGAUUAAGGAAAACAAUCAUUAAAAGUCUAAAAAAAUAAAUCAAAGCAUAAUAAGUCUCUUGGAUAGAGAUGUUAAACUAAUUUUUGAAAAUAAUGAUAAUUAAAAACUAUAAAAACAAACUUCAAUUUUAUAGAUCUAGUAAAUAAAUUCAGUAAACGAUUUGAGUCUUUAAGAAAACAGAGUUGAUAUUUGA